AUGGCGGUCCGUGAACAUCUUGGAGCACAAGCAAAGCGUGUAAUUGUGUUCGGUCAUAUGGCAGAAGGCGACUUACAUAUUAAUGUUACCUCGGAUAAAUAUUAUACGGAACUCACUGCGAAACUUUAUCCAUUUCUCUGGGAAUGGGUAACGGAACACGGUGGAAGUAUCAGUGCAGAGCAUGGUGUUGGACAAGCACACAGGCCGUACAGUAAUCUUGGCAAAGGAUACCAAACUGAAGUGGCCAAACAACUCAAAAAUGUUUUCGAUCCACGUCGGAUUUUAUCACCUUAUAAAAUGUUCUAA